UAUAUAUAUGAUUGUUUUUGAAUUGGUUGUCAGGGCUUUGCUGACGGAGAAGGCCGCUCCGGUGAUGAACAUCAUCCACAGCAUCUUCAGCCUCAUCCUGAAGUUCCGCGCUCAGCUGAUUGCACUGCCCUGGGCCAGCCAGCAGGGGGAGGCAGUGCACCCCAGCUUCAUCGCCAUGCAGCAGUCGUACAACACCUUCAAAUACUACUCGCACUUCCUCUUCAAAGUGGUGACCAAGCUGGUGAACCGAGGCUACCAGCCUCAUUUGGAAGACUUCCUCCUGCGCAUCAACUUCAACAACUACUACAAAGAUUCUUGAGCA